GCGAGUGUGCGUUUGUUUCCAUUUGACGCUGAUCCCGAGUGUUGAAUGCCUGUCACUGACACUGAUCUAGAGUCCGAGGGCCGGCUGCCGCUGACUCACCCUCCGGAGUCUGCCGAGAGUGACAGCGAACGCGGUCAGGCGUCCUCCCCGCUGGCGUCGUCCUCACUGGGCAUGGAGGCCUUCUCCCUUCGUCGUGAUGAGGACGACACCGAGCGCGACCGGUCCCUGUUGUCGACAUCUCCCACGUCGAGAGAAGCUACGGCGAGGUGGUUCUACUGGCGAGGGGGGAAGCUGAGGGUGUCGAGGGCAGCAUACCAGAUCAUGACGGGCAUUCUCUUCCACAUCCUGCUUAUCGUGGUCGUGGAAACGGUCUUCUUCUUCACGUGAGUGACUCAGUCACACGUGCAGUCAGUCGCAUGCAGAUGGCACACAGACGAAGGGUGCGGUGCGACAUGGUGCUGUGUGUGUUGCCCUGUUUGUUAAGGUAUGUGACGCGUCAGGAGAUGCUGAGCUUUGGUCGGAAUAUCAACACGACAGGGUACUCUGCCGCCAAGACCAGCGUGGAGGAGCUGCAGCAGACCCCCACCGGCAAGCAGCUGCUCUGGACGGCUCAUGUCGCACUCACAAACCCCAACAAACGCCAGGAAAUCGCACAGGUCAGAGACACAUUGGCAGGCAGGCAGGCAGUGCACUCACCGUUGUUCCCAGCCGCCAUUGGCUUUCUAAUGGAUUCUAUGUGUGUGUGUUGUGUGCAGGAGAUAGUUUUGCAGAUCGAGGUGCUGCGUCGUGCUCGUCUCGUCCUCGAGAAUGCACCCAUUCCGUGGGAGAAACUCAACAUCACCAAGGAAGAGGCUCACGAUAUGCUCGAGAGUACCCCACCCCGCACAGAGGGAGGGAGGGGGGAAUGCAGCGAAGAGCGCUGGUAUGUGUCUCGCGUCUGUGUGUGUGUGUGUGUGUUCAGAGGAUGACCAGGCCGCGCAGAACGUGAUCCAGCUGCUGCACAAUGUGACGGCCAGCCACAGCAAUGACUUCGAUGUGUACCUCCAGAAAUACGUCCAGGGCAAACGAGACAAGGGUAAGCAACCGGAGACGCAGCAAGGGCAAGGGCAACUGCAGUCAGGAGUUUCUCUGUCUGUCUUUGUGUGUGCAGCAAUCGAGCAGCGCCACCGGCGUAUGGCUGCCAACCGCAGCCUGGUGUUCCGUGCCAUCGAGUUCAACGUGUGUGUGGCGUUGCUGGUGCUGGCCUGGGUCUUCGGCACCCCCCUGUAUCUCUCAGACGCUCGCCUCAAAGACCUCCGGUGGAACGCCAUCCUCCGCGACAACGCCAUACUCAUGUUCCUCCUCGCUCUAUUCGAGUUCGCCUUCUUUAACUUCUUCGUCUCGAGGUUCAAAGUGGCCAGCAACGCUGAGACCAUUGAUGCCCUGGUGGAGACGACGCUCGACUACCUGAAGAAUCUGAAAGUCGAGAAACCCUAGUGGCCACAGGCGGUGGGUCGUACGUGUCAUGUGGGGGUAUGGAAUGGAAUGGGGGAUGUUUUGUCGGAAACGUUGCUUCUUCUGUUACCUACAUGGUCGGUGCUGCUGUUGUUCUGUUGAUACGUUCGUUGAUUUCCCCCGUGUUGGUUUGUUUGGUCAAUACGUUAGUACUAGGUAGGUGAUGUGAUGUGAUGACACGAACAAGAGCAACAGACAGUGAGUGACUGCUGGCGGCCGGGCCUCCCAUGACCUAUCUAUCUGUGUGUAAUUAAAGGAAGGAGACAUUUGUCCGCUGGUCGGCUCGUGUGUGUGGUGAGUCCAUCCAUGCUGUAUACUGACUGUAGCUUGCUGCUGGACAGAAGUCAACUUAUGUGACGGACGGACGGACGGACAGCUAUGGUCUGCCUGCUACAACCAAUCAACUGGAUCAAGUGCG